AUGACGAGCGCGGCCCCGGCCAGGAAGCCGUAUCGAAAGGCUCCGCCGCAGCACCGUGAGACACGUCACGCCCUGACCACCGCUCCGCCCCCGCCGGCACCGCAGCUCGAUGUCAAUCAGGUAAACCGACACACCCUAAACACGCCUCUACCCCCUCCGCCCCCCCACCAGCUUCCUGCCGCCUGCAAACAGCCGCGGAGCAGCAGGGCCCGGCAUGGCGUCCUCAUCCCGCCGCUCUCUGACAGCGACCUGGACGUCUCCAGUCUGUCCAGUCUGGAGCUCUGCAUCCCACAGCCGCUGUUCAGCACCCGAAACCGCCGGCCCGACCGCGCCAAAACCACCGAGGUUGGCGUCACGGCGUCCGACGGCCACCUGAGGCGCUCCGCAAGCACGCGGAGCGACCUGCGCCGAAGCCCCUCGGUGACAAGAAAACAACCGCAGGACAAGCGAGGAGAGCGGCAGACCCGAGCUCACCGGGCGCCGAGCACCGACAUGACGCAGACCGCUACCGGGACGCCAACCGCUCCCCGAGCGCCGAAUACACCCAGGACGCAGACCGCUGCCCGGACGCCUAAUUUGCCCCGGACUCAAACCGCUCCCGGGACGGCAACCGUUCCCCGGACGCCGAAUAUGCCGAAUACGCCGCGGAUUCAACCUGCCGCCCCUCCGAAGAGCAUCCUGAAGCAGACGGCGCCGCUGGGCAUUGAGCCCACCUACGAUGUCAUCAGGAAGGCAAAGUCAGUGGAGCUGCUGGACGGCGGCCGGCGGCGAGGCAGCAUGUCCCGCCAAACGCCGACCCGCUCCCUGGACCGGGCGGAGCAGCGGUCGCCGACGUCACGCUGGUCUUCGGCGCCGCCGUCGCCGAGCAAGACCGGCUGGAACUGGCGGAUGCAAGUCCUUGAGGAGAAAGUCCGCUUCUCCAGCUUCCUGGACGAGAUCACCUCCCAGGUUCUUAGCCCCGCCCACCUCACGAUGCUCGGGAGAGCAGCGUCCCGAGAGCGAGGAAGCCCCUCCCCCUCCCCUUCCCCCCGCCGCAGCCGCCGCCACUCCCACUCCCACUCCCACAGGAAGAAGCCGCCUGAAGGUAAGUCUGAGGACCGGAGCCGGCGCUGGGACGACUGGGUGUCGGCGCUGCAGCGUCCCGCCGGCCGGUACCAGCCCCUGCAGGACGAGCAGGCCGGGCGGGAAACCCCACGGCCGCAGGAUGAUGUCACGGAGGGGGCGGGUCAUGUACAGGAAGCGUUAGGCGUGAAUAGAGGAGUAAAGAUGGAGGAACAGGAAACAGAAGAACCUCAAAGACACAGACACAGAACCGGGUCUAAUCUGUCCGCUCUGUCUCACAUCAAGCUACGGAAGGUGGAGAGGGACAAAAAGACGAUGGAUCAGGAGAUCGUAGAGCUCACCAACAAACUGCUGGACGCCAAGAACACGAUCGACCGUCUGGAGGAGCUCAACGAGCGCUACAGGCAGGACUGUAAUCUCGCCGUCCAGCUGCUCAAAUGCAACAAGUCGCAUUUCAGGAACCACAAGUUUGCUGAUUUGCCCUAUGAGCUUCAGGAUAUGUUGAAUAAACACAUGAAGAGCAGUCUCCCGGAGCGAGGCCCCGGCUCCGGCUCUCAGGAUCCGGACACGCUGAGUCUGACUCCGGCCGACGUCGUUCCCACGUCCGUGAUCGCUCGCGUCCUGGAGAAACCGGAGCCGCUGCUGCUGAACUCGGCUCAGUCCAGCAGCUGCAGCCGGCCGGUCGCCGAGGACGUGUUCGUGCACGUGGACAUGACGGGCCCGGCGGCGAGCGCCGAGGGCCGCGGCCGGCAGAACGGCGGCCAGGAGGCGGCGCAGCACAACGGGUCCUGCCGCAGUCAGAGCAGCCUGGACGGCCAAUCGGGCGGCGAGGAGGGGGGAGGGGGCGGGGCUCCGUCCUUCGAGAAGCUGAACCCGUACCCGGCGCCGCCACCCCCCCACCCGCUCUACCCGGGACGCAAAGUCAUCGAGUUCUCCUCCGACGACAAAGUGAAGAUCCCUAAAAACAGUCCGCUGCCUAACUGCACCUACGCCACGCGCCAGGCCAUCUCUCUCAGCCUGGUGCAGAACGACGACGAGCGCCCGCCGCCAGGAAGCCCCGCCCCUUCCUCUUCCUCCGGCGGAGGAGGCGGAGCCAACCAGCGCACCCCCCCCUCACAGCGGGACGCAGCCAGCGAGCCGCUGUCCAGCCAAUCAAGUCCCUUCAGCAGCCCGCCACAGGCCCCCAGCGUCUUGGCCAGCUCCGGUUCCUCUGAGGAGGAUUUGCUCGCCAACUGGCAGCGGAUGUUUGUGGAGAAGAUGGCUCCGAGCUGCGACGGCUCGGUCGUCCACCGUACGUCGUUCAGCAGCCAGACGGCUCAGGAGCUGCAGCGGCGGAGGGGGGGGGGCGGCGGGGGGCGCGGCCUCUCCUCCGACCGCCAGCGACCCGCCUACUCCGACGGCGAGGAAGGCUCGUCGGCUCGCAGCUGGACGCCGAGCCGCGGCUCCAGCCUCGACACCGACACGGACACGGAGCCGCGGCGGCGGGGGGGGCGGCGCUACGGGGGCGACGGCGGCUCGGUGGAGGAGGGGGAGGGGCUGCUGAUGAACCUGGAGGACGACGCCGGCAGCGGGGACACGGCGGUCACCAUGGCGACCAGCCCGGCGGACGCCCGCGGCGAGGAGCUGGCGGAGGAGGAGGACGAAGAGGAGGAGCGAGACGUUCUCCCUCGCGAGCUGCCCGUCAUCUCGCCCCGUCUCCAUGACUACGACCCCGCGCCCGUCAUCUCGCCUCGUCUCCAUGACUACGACCCCGCGCUCGCCGCCGCCGCCCCCCCGCGGCCCCAGAAGAGCCCGAAGCGGAUGGGAGUGCACCACCUGCACCGCAAAGACAGCCUGACCCGAGCCCAGGAGCAAGGCACGCUGCUGGACUGACCCCCCCCCGCCCCCCUCCCACCGCUGCUGCUGUCUCCAUGACAACUGACCCGCCGUCACUGAGGUCAGAGGUCACGCCCAUCCAGGAAAUAGCCAUACUCUACCGUAUGCUGCCGAGCUCGCUGCGUGUGUGUGUGUGUGCGUGUGUGCGU